AUGGCUUUGCAGAAAUACUUGCCAUCGAAAUACUUCUGGCCGCGACAGAAAGGCUUUUCAGCUCGCAGUCACCAGACCACCAUCAGCUUGAUAAGUGACUUUGAUUUCGAUCAUGCAUCUAAAAUUGGUCCUAUAGUUGGCGAGGAGACUAGUUUUGACGAGGACAUCUCUGCCAUGUAUCAGUGUGUGCCCAUGUGUGAGAAAUGUACCGCUUUGUAG